GCAAACUGGCGAGGUCCUUGGAAUCGUUGACAGCUGGGCUUUCUCGGGCACCAUGGCGGCGGCGCCGCCAUCACAAGCCACCAUGGAGGAGAAGAAGAUGUCUGCCGUCAAAGUCGUCUUAACCCUCUUUCCUCGAAUCCCCAAAGUAACGACGGUCCUCCUCGAAUUCUUCAUCAAACGAGAGAGCAAGGUGUCACUACAGAGGGAGCCUUUGCAGCAUUUUGCCCAAGAACAAAUCGUACUCGCCGCCCAGGACAUCUUGGAAAAGCUCAACAGACAGAUCAUCACCUACCAGAACAUCCGGGACACGGCGGAGAACCUCAUUUGCUUGCAUAACCUCGUCUACAAGAAGGAUCCCGCCAUAGCCAAGCAGCUGGGAGACACGUUUCGCCAAUUGACCAUCAUUGUGGGAGAGCUGGCCACGUCCCUGGAGAAGGUGUCCGAUGUGCCCCCGACCGAUUGGAUGGCAAUCGGAGAUACAGUAGUCAGCAAGACGGAAAAGUUGAACAUCGCUGAACUGGCGCCAUUCUGGACCUACAUACCUAAGAUGAAAGACUUCAAUUGUGUCAAGCUACUCGGGGCUGGCGGCUUUGGGUAG